CCAUCCUGCCUUUCGCAGCCAUGGCUCGCACCGCCCUAUUUGUGAUCGAUAUUCAGGCCGAUCUAGCCCAGAAUCCUCGAACUGAAAUUCCUUACGCCGCUCGAAUCCGAGAUGUUGGGGCCGCCGUUCUUUCAAAGGCACGAAUAGCCAUCGACAAUGAACUUGGUCGCGGCCUAGGUGCCAAUCUUAGCAUAAUCAUCGUCCAACACCACGAAACCCCUGAAAAUGGCUCUUUGGUUAGAGGCAGCAAGCCGUGGGAGUUAGUUUUCAAACCACGUAAUGAAACGGAGAGGAUUGUAGAGAAGACUACCAGGGACACGUUCGAGUCUAACCAGCAACUCGCAGAUCAGCUAAAAGCCGAAGGGAUUGAAGAGAUUGUGGCUAUUGGAAUUCAGAGUGAAUGUUGCGUUCAAUCAACCUGUGAGGGGGCAUUAGCUGCUGGCUUCAAAGUUGUGUUGCUGCAGGGAGCCCAUUCGACUUAUGAUAUGGGAAGUAGGAAGGCAGAGGAGAUUGAGCGAGAGGUUGAAGAGAAGCUCCGCAAAGAAGGUGCGGAAAUUAUUCCAUGGGAUACAUGGCAACCUUGACAUAGAUUAAGGAUACCCGCAGCCGAAGUCCGUCCUAGUCAUAGAUAAUGCAUCCUUCCACCAUCUCCGAACGGACUGCGUAAUUAUAUAUUAAUAUCGGAUUCAAGUUGGUUUACUGUAUCUACCUCCUUAUUCGCUAGAUAUAAACCCG